AUGGUUUCGACCACCAGUCUCCAAGUGUUGGGUGGAGGCCAACAAGCCUUCUUCGCUCUAAAAUCAAACACAGGCCGUGAGUCGGCCGCAAAAACUACCCGAAAUAACCGAGUUUCCUCCUCAGACUCAGUCCACCCCACCUUAUGUACCCCAGGUUCCUGGCAGUGCCAGCGGGCCGAUGAGGCUAUGUGCCGAGUUCCGAAGGGCUACGCCUUUGAGCAGUUGUAUACAACCGCAUUUUAUGAGCGUGGAAGUUUCGGUCCGCUCACGAGUCACUGCAGCUCGCUGGCCUACGAAACCCUGUGA